AUGGGGCUUAGGUUGUUACUCUCGGUUAGGACAGUGGCAGUGGUUUCCCAUUCUUUUUGGCAAUGGAUUGUAGCAGUGUGUAAGUCAAGUUUUCCAAAUGAUGAAGCUUCUGUGGAUGUGCGUGAGGAAUAUGCUAAUGCAUUCCGUACGGAAUCAUACAUAGAAUUUUGGACACGUGUCCUUGCAUAUCCCAAAGCCCAAAACUCCUCUUCAACUUCGGCCCGUCUCCCCUCUUACCGUCUAUUUGCCGAGCACCUCUUGGAUCCUGAUCAGCCCACUGUUACAUGGGCCUUAAACAAAGUCCAAAAUAGGCCCACUAUCCAUGCUUUUUUGUCGGACUACUUUGCCCAUACUUCCAACGCCUCUCUACUUUGCAGCCAUUUAUUGAAAGACAUUGAUCGUGUGCGGGUUAAGUAUCAAUCACUUAAGACCAUUCUUCAAUGUGUUGCGAAUAAUCAAGAUCAUAAUACAACUACUUUAUCAUUAAUAAUGGCUCAAUUAACAGAAUUCUCCAACUCACUAAACCCGUUUGCCCAAUCAAGCCCAUCUUCAUGUUUGGUUCGAGCGGCCCAAUGCCAAUGCUCCGAAUUGUCAAAACGGCUUGAGUCGAGCCGUGACAAAGUGAGAGUCAAUCUGCAAAUGAUGGCUAGGCUAAAAGGCGGCUCUGCUUGUCUUCUGGUGGCUAUAACGGCUUCACUCAUGGUGAUUGUUAUUACUCAUGGACUUGUUUUGCUUGUGGCUACACCUAGUUUGAUAGGAACAAUGGACUUGGUAAAAGUGGCUUCAGAAAGCAAGCUGAAGAAGGUCAUGGCUCAACUCGAUGCAGCCGCAAAAGGAACUUACAUUGUGAACAAGGACUUGGAGACCACGGGUCGGCUUGUGGCUCGGCUCAAUGAUGAGCUGGAGUACAUGAGGACAACAGUGAAGUUUUGGCUCGAGAGGAAAAAGGAUAAAAUUCAAGCUGAUGGAGAAGUGGUACGCCUGCUAAAGCAGAACCAAUGUAAUUUUAGUGAUCAAUUGGAUGAAUUGGAGGAGCAUUUGUAUUUAUGUUUCAUGACCAUUAAUAGAGCUAGAGACCUUGUGCUGAAAAAGAUCAUUCAUUCUUCUUGA